ACUUUUUUGCUUCUAUAAAUACUUAUUAUAUCAUUUAGUACCAUCAAACAACAAGCUUCUUUUAUCCUCUCCAAAUUAAAAAAAAAAUGAUUAUUUUUUCUUCAAGAAAUUUGUUGAUUUUGUUAUUAAUAUGUACUAUAGCUAUAGUUGUAAUUCCAAAAUUAGCGUCGACACAAUAUUGUGGAUGUACAGAAGGAUUGUGUUGCAGUAGAUGGGGUUAUUGUGGCAGCGGAAAAGCUUAUUGUGGACAAGGUUGUCAAGGAGGGCCUUGUUAUACUUCUUCGACAAAAAAUUACAAUCAUAAUAAUAAUAACAAUAGAGUUUCUGAUAUUGUUAGUGAAUCAUUUUUCAAUGGAAUUGCAAAUCAAACUUCUUCAAAUUGUGAAGGCAAAGGAUUUUACACAAGAUCUGUGUUUCUUGAAGCUUUAAAGUCUUAUCCUGAAUUCGCAACGACUGAUUUUUCUGAUGAUGAUAAUAAGCGUGAAAUUGCUGCUUUCUUUGCUCAUGUCACACAUGAGACUGGACAAAUGUGUUACAUAAAUGAGAUAAAUGGUUCAUCUAGGGACUAUUGUGACAUGACAAACUCAGAGUACCCUUGUGUCUCUGGCCAAAAUUAUUAUGGUAGAGGACCAAUCCAACUAUCAUGGAACUUCAACUAUGGUCCGGCUGGAAAAGACAUCGGAUUUGAUGGCCUUAACGACCCUGAUAUUGUGUCUAGAGAUAGUUUAAUAUCAUUCAAAACUGCCUUAUGGUACUGGAUGAACACUUGCCAUCCUCUGUUAACUUCUGGGCAAGGUUUCGGGGCAACGAUUCGAGCUAUUAAUGGUCCUCUUGAGUGUGAUGGUGCCCUUCCUCAGCCUGUUGCUAGAAGGGUUCAACAUUAUGUUCAGUAUUGCCACCAACUUGGUGUAGAUACUGGGGAUAAUCUCACUUGUUAGAACACUUGAAAAAGGUUCCUAUAUUAGAAAUGUAAUGGGAAGUGUUAUUU